AAUGGGAGGAAACAGCAUUAUAUUUUAACCAGUGUGUAAAGAAGGCUCUUAUGUAACCAGUUAUCAGGGCCCUUUUCUUCAGAGAAAUUUGUUUUUCUGCAAAGAACUGUUGGGAUGAAGUUUUAUAGCUUUGGAGCCCUGGUAGCCACUGUCCUCGUUUUUGAACAACAUGUCUUCGCAUGUCAAAGUGGCCAGGUUUUAUCUACUCUUCCUAGAAGCUCUAGGGAAGUUCAAAUUCUGCAGAAUCUUAUUACAACAUAUGAGAUUGUUCUGUGGCAGCCAGUAACAGCUGACUUUAUUGUAAAAGCAAAAGAAGUCCUUUUUUUUUUUGUGAAUGCAGUUGAUAUAAUCAAUGUGAAAUCCCAUUUACAUGAGAACAGAAUUCCAUUCAGUAUCUUGAUGGAAGAUGUGGAAGAUCUUAUCCGCCAGCAGACUUCCAAUGAUACCAUCAGCCCCUGCCAGCAGACUUCCAAUAAUACCAUCAGCCCCUGGGCCUCCUCCUCAUACUAUGAAAAUUAUCACCCACUAAAUGAAAUCUAUUCUUGGAUGGAUGUUAUAACUGAGCAGUACCCUGAUAUGAUUGAAAAAAUCCACAUUGGAUCCUCAUAUGAGAAGCGUCCGCUUUACGUUUUAAAGGUUUCUGAAAAGCAACAAGCAGCCAAAAAUGCUGUUUGGAUUGACUGUGGAAUCCAUGCCAGAGAAUGGAUCUCCCCUGCUUUCUGCUUGUAGUUCAUAGACCAUGUAACUCAGUUAUCUGGGGAAGAAAAUCUGUUUACCAAUAUUCUGAGGCACCUGGAUUUCUAUGUUAUGCCGGUAGUUAAUGUGGAUGGUUAUGACUACUCUUGGAAAACAUCUAUCAAUUUCACAACAGAGAAGGGUGCAUCAAGUUUCUCGUGCUCGGAAAUCUACUGUGGCCUUUUCCCUGAGUCAGAACCAGAAGUGAAGGCAGUGGCUAGUUUCUUGAGAAGAAAUAUCAAUCAUAUUAAAGCUUAUAUCACAAUGCAUUCAUACUCCCAGAAGAUAGUGUUUCCAUAUACUUACAACAGAAGCAGAAGCAAAGACCAUGAGGAACUGUAUCUACUGGCCAGUGAAGCAGCCCAGGUUUUUGAGAAUAUUAGUAAUGAUACCAGAUAUACAUAUGGCAGUGGCUCAGAAAGUUUAUAUCUAGCUCCUGGAGGUCCAGGUGACUGGAUCUAUGACUUGGGCAUCAAAUAUUCCUUUACAAUUGAACUUUGAGAUACAGGCAAAUAUGGAUUCUUGCUGCCAAAGCAUUUCAUCAAACCUACUUGCAGAGAAGCUCUUGCUGCUCUCUCUAAAAUAGCUUGGCAUGCCAUCAGGAAUGCUUAAUGCUCUUGAUUUUUACACUCUGUUCUCACAUUUUAAUUUACCAAUUCCAAGACCAAAUCAUUGUACCAGUUUCUUUUUUAAGUUUUAUCAAUAGUUUUGGUAAAGGGUUUUCUUAUUCCUUGGUUUUGUCAGAGAACAAAAUAAGUGUAAUAAAUAAAUUCACAUUUUCCCCUUUUGUUGAACUUGUAAGAAG